AUGGAGCCAACUAUUACGAAAAUAAAGAAACCCAUUAACUCGAGUACUUCUUCUUCUAACGACUUAAAUGCCAACAUUUAUUUGGCCAACAAUAAUUCUUACGCCCUUAUUGAAAAUUCUAUUAAUUCUUCAAAUAAUCUUAUUGAAAAUGCAAAAAUUGCUCCCAAUCCUAUUGAAUCCCUCGAAAUUAAUAAUAAUGGAAAUUUCGGUGGCGCAACCCCGCUUUUGUUUGGUGCUCAACAUGAAGAAAGGAUUGUUUUGGACACCCCGCCUCCCCCGCCUCCGGAACAACAACAACUUGGCACGUCAAUUCCAGUUCUUGUUGGUGCACAAAACAACGAAGAGGAAGACGUUUGCCUCGACGAGCCACCACUUCCACCAGAUGAAAACGAAAUUCUUUAUGAGGUGCUGACACCACCAAUAAUUCCAGUCGCAACUACUCAAGUCACCACUUCCACUCAAACAAACGACAACUGUGAAAUUCCUCCAGAAUUUAUUGUUAUGGAAAAUGAAGAAAUCAAAUUACCGAAACUAAUUUCACGUGUUCGUAUUAGCCAGACAGGUCGUAUUAUUAAAAUGCCUCUCCAUUGUAGGAAAGGAAAACCGCUGUCUUGGAAAUUUAUGGCUUUUAAGUCUAAAAUUGCUGAUCCCUACAAUUAUUUCAAGAUGUUCAUUCCUCGUUAG